AAUGAUCACAAUAGAUAAUGUGGGUUCUAGUGAAUCAGAACCUCCCCGCAGGAGACGCUUGGCCCUCAAGGUCCAGUGGGGGGUUCUUUUGGUUCUUCUGGUUCUCAUUUAUGGCUCCCACGCUCCCCUAAUCUCCCUCGCCAAAGUUGACGGCCGCGUUCCCUUCAGUACGUCCUCCUGUGUGGUUCUGAUCGAAUUGGCCAAACUAAUUGUCUCAGUUGCCACCCUGGUGGUGACCGGGAAUGUUUCCACUCUCAAAGCAUCUGUUUCUAUCAUUGCGAUGGCGCCGUACGCCAUUCCUGCAUUUCUCUACGCUUUCAACAACAACCUAGUGGUUUUCAUGCAAGCGUACAUGGACCCGAGCUCCUUCCAGCUUCUUAGCAACCUUAAAAUUGCCUCUACCGCGCUUCUCUACACGUCCUGUUUGGGAAAGAGGUUGCGGUCGGCACAAUGGCUCGCUUUGGGGUUGCUUGUGGCUGCUGGGGUGUCCCACAGCUACACCAGCCUACAUUGGGAGCGUAUAAAUCAAGAUAAAUCGAGUCCCAGGCUUCACGUCACCUCCUGGGGCCUCCUGCUGGUGCUCGUAUAUUGUUUUGUAUCCGGAUUGGCAGCCGUUUACACUGAACAAGUGUUGAAAAUGCAGCGUUUGCCACUCAGUCUCCAAAACAUGUUUCUGUACGUCUUUGGAGUGGCAAUUAAUCUUGCAUUGCAUCUAUUCAGUAGCGACGAGCAGCAGGGGUUUUUGGAUGGAUAUUCCACGCUGGUUUUGCUCAUUAUAGCAGGUCAGGUCGCUAACGGUCUACUGAUGUCGGUGAUCAUGAAACACGGAUCAGGAAUCACGAGGCUUUUCGUCAUCUCAUCCGCCAUGCUGGUAAACGCCGUCCUCUCCUGGGGGCUUUUGGGAAUACAGCUCACCCCUUACUUCCUGUUUCCUGUAGUGCUGACUGGAUGGGCUGUAUACCUGUAUUACAGGUAGAGCAAACACCAUUGAACUGCGACAAAAAAGAGCCUAUUUUUAUGAUUUCUAGUCUUUUGGUUUAUGGUAUUUAAAAUGCAGUGCAAAAUGUCUGUGCAUUUAAAAAAGGUUAGUUCACCCAAAAGUUAAAUUCUGUCUGUCACCGGGUGCCUGGGUAGCUCAGCCAGUAGGGAGGGUAGAGUCACAUGGGGUAACCUCCUCGUGGUUGCUAUAAUGUGGUUCUCGCUCUCAGUGGGGCGCGUGGUGAGUUGUGCGUGGAUGCCGCGGAGAAUAGCGUGAAGCCUCCACACGCGGUAACGUGCUCAACAAGUCACGUGAUAAGAUGCACGGAUUGAUGUUCUCAGACGCGGAGGCAUCUGAGAUUCGUCCUCCGCCACCCGGAUUGAGGCGAGUCACUACGCCACCACGAGGACUUAGAGCGCAUUGGGAAUUGGGCAUUCCAGUUUGGGGAGAAAAAAAAACAACAAUUCUGUCAUGUCUUUCCAAACCUGUUUGACUUUCUGUUUACAGUGGAGCACAAAAGGAGACGUUUAGUGGAAUGUUUAGUGUUCUGUUGCAUAAUGGAGCUGGCAUGAUCCAUAAAGGACUCCUAUGACGUGCUCAUAUGAUAGCUUUGUGUGAGAAACAGAUUAAAAUUUAAGUUGUUUUGUGCUAAAAACAAUAUCUUCCCUUCAACUGUUGCUCUCAAAUCUCAUUCACACUUGUGCAUAUUCAAACUUGGUGCGUUAUUACAUGCAUGAGCUAAUGGCGUUUAGUGUCAAAACUAAUGCGACUUGUCUACGGAAACCCCGAACCACACUGUGAAAAUUUUUUCACUUAAACAUUUUUUUUAGGUGUCAAAAAUGUUUUUUUCUCACUUCUUUUCUAUUUUUUUCUUUCAAAAAAGUUUUUCUUUAACAUUUUUUCUAAAAAAAUGUUUCUCAAUUUUUUUUUGUCAUUGUUGAUGAGUAUUAUACAACUAUAAAUCAAGUGCCUCAUCUGUCACCUUGUAAGCCUAAGAUUUCAUGCUUACUGAUGCCACCUGGUGGCCGAGGUUGGUACCACAUGUUAAUUGUUGCAAGCAAAAAAAUAAUAAUUCUCAUGUGUUGCCUGUUGAGGAGAGAGAAAAUAAUGUGAGAGAAUUUUUUUUUAUUUUUUUUUUUAUUUUUUUUUAGGAAAUAGGCUCAGGAAGGCACUAAGACACCCUAAAAAAAUAAAUUAAAAAAAUAUUUACCUAGUGAAUUGUUUCUCACAGCGGUUCGGGGCUUCCAAAAUAAUUGUUAACUAAAAUAAAAUUACAAAAUUGUUGUUAAUUGAAAUAAAAAUAAAAACUAGGGAUGUCCUGAUUUUUUUGAGACCGAGUACGUGUACCGAUACUUUUUUUUUUUUGUUUUGUUUUUUUUUU